AUGGAUAGGAAGUUCAACACAGAUUUGUUCGAAUUUCUCCGGGAGAUUGUCGACUUCCUCAAGACCUCGACAAUUGCCGAGGAGAAAGAACAGGACGUGCGUUCUAAUUUUUGGGCUGCAUACAACAAAGUAUCUGGUGAAUAUGACGACAACAUGUUGGAGAGGUGUAAUGGCUAUAUGGAUAUACUGCUGCUCUUCGCUGGUCUGUUCUCCGCCGUUACCACUGCGUUCAUCAUUGCGAUGCAGCCGAAUCCUGUUGAUACCACCAACACUCUUCUGGUCCAGCUUAUCCAGAUCACAGUGUAUGGUGCCUCCGCAGCCCAGCCAACGAUCCUUUCACCCUCCACCAACUACCCUUCCAUAUUCUGGAUGCAGGCGCUUUCAUAUAUGAGCCUCGCGCUCAGUCUUCUUUCUACCUUUGGUGCUGUCAUGGGAAAACAGUGG